AUGGAAGAAGGAGCCAGCAUCACAAUAUCCGAUCCGAACUCGGAGUUUGCCGCUAAGUAUCCGAACGGCCUCACUUUAGACGAUCUUCUGCCCUUCUACGAAGACGUGGCACAGAACAAGCCUAUCCAGUUAGAAUGGAAGUUUCCCGGUCGCAUUAAGCGCCCCUCAACUCAAGAUCUUGAAGCGAAAAAAGACGAAGCUUUAGCCAGUGGUGGCCAGCAGGAGAAAAAACUAGAUGAAGCUGAGACCCCUGAGACUCAACAACAACAACAACAACAGCUAAACUUUGCCGAGUUCGAUUUUGACACCGAGACCUCCGUUGCUGCCGCUGACACUGCGGCCUUGGUUGCCUCCCAACGUCGACCGCUGGGCGGCUCCGCUCGACCCGUGCGGGAGAGACGCGUUGCGCGGUUGGACAAGAUCUUGCAGGAGGACAUGGUUCGUCGACGUUUGGAGAUGGAACAACUGCGGCAACAGCAACAGCGGCACCAAGCCGAGGCACAACAGGUCCAGUCAACUGAGACGACAUCGAUGGUAGGGAAGGGAGAGAAGGAACAAAGUGCUGCCGCAGAGACAGAGACCACAGUUUCACAGCCGCUGCCACCAUCGCAAGAGUCCCGUCCAAUGAAGACAAAUGAGGGCAGUGCAGUGUCCACAGAUUUGCCCGCUCAGCUUCGGUUACUGAAACCGACGAAGGCAGACGAGAAUUCAGCGCAAGGCGUUCACGCUGCUCGCGCAGCCGAAGUCGUAGUCACAGCUCUUCUCGCUCCUACAGUUGUAGUCGAUCAAGGUCCUCUGACAGCUACCACCAACGCAGACGUCAUCAGAAGCGAACACACGGAAGUCGAAGUGGCAGUCGUUCUGUCAGCUCUCACAGUUCACGAUCCUACUCCAGAUCGAGUUUGGAUUGUUGGUGAAAAAGUGAAAGACCUCACCUUUCACAUCUGCGAUAUCUGUGAUAAACCUAUUGUUGUGUAUGGUCGUUUGCCACACAGAGAGACACGUCGCUCUCUCUCCCUUCCUCCCUUGCUACUUUUUUUUACGGGCGCUCUGCAGUCCCACCCACUCCACCAACCAGCCGACUGGGCGACUCCGACUCGCGCGCAGCCCAUGUGGUGUCCUCGUUCUGGGACGUGCCUUUGUGUCUGUCCUUCGUCCGCGCGUUGUCCGCCCCUCACGGCGCGGUAA